AUGUCCAUCUUGAAAGCCUUUCGUGAAGAGAAAUUGCGAGCUGUAGACAACUUCCUCUUCUUGAUUUGGGACGGAUGCAACAAAGGUAGUGACGGUAAGCAUGAAGGCAGACCCGCGCGUUUUGGUAAGACUGAGAAAAUUGGCAACUCUUCGGUGACUGGUGGAUCUUUGGUCACCGGCAAUUCCUCACAACCUGCGCCUUCUUAG